AUGUUGGCUUUCAACAUCUCUUCGUUUCGUAAUUUUCUGGGUAUAAAUUCCUUCCUUGACGCCGUCUGUGUUUGUGAUUUCUUCAAUCGUACGCCUUCGUUUUGUUUCUGUAUUAAAUUCGUCCAAAAAAAAAAAUCUUUCAUUCCUUUUUUGCCUCUUUUCUCCAUAUCUCUUUCCGGGUUCUUUUUCCUUUCAAAUUAUUCUUUUUCUUUUAUCCUUUCUGGCAUUCAUUUUUCGACUAAUUCGUAUCUAAUUUAUCUAUCUCAUUCUGUUCAUAUCUAUCUGAAUCUGUUCAUAUCUAUCUAUUCAUAUCUAUGUAUCUAUCUAUUCAUAUCUAUCUAUCUGAAUCUGUUCAUAUCUAUCUGUCUAUCUAUCUAUCUCAGUCUGUUCAUAUCUAUGUCAUUCUGUCCAUAUCUAUCUAUCUAUCUAUCUCAUUCUGUCCAUAUCUAUCAUAUCUAUCUAUCUAUCUAUCUAUCUCAUUCUGUCCAUAUCUAUCUAUCUAUCUAUCUAUCUAUCUAUUCUGUCCAUAUCUAUCCAUCUAUCUAUCUAUCAUCUCAUCUGUCCAUAUCUAUCUAUCUAUCUAUCUAUCUAUCUAUCUAUCUAUCUCAUCUCAUUCUGUCCAUAUCUAUCUAUCUAUCUAUCUAUCAUCUCAUUCUGUCCAUAUCUAUCUAUCUAUCUAUCUAUCUAUCUCAUUCUGUCCAUAUCUAUCUAUCCAUCUCAUUCUAUCUCAUAUCUAUCUAUCUAUCUAUCUAUCUAUCUAUCUCAUUCUGUCCAUAUCUAUCUAUCUAUCUAUCUCAUUCUGUCCAUAUCUAUCUAUCUAUCUAUCUAUCUAUCUCAUUCUGUCCAUAUCUAUCUAUCUAUCUAUCUCAUUCUGUCCAUAUCUAUCUAUCUAUCUAUCUAUCUCAUCUGUCCAUAUCUAUCUAUCUAUCUAUUCUAUCCAUAUCUCAUUUCAUCUAUAUCAUUCUAUCCAUCUAUCUAUCUAUCUAUCUCAUUCUGUCCAUAUCUAUCUAUCUAUCUAUCUCAUUCUGUCCAUAUCAUAUCAUCUAUCUAUCUCAUUCUGUCCAUAUCUAUCUAUCUAUCUAUAUCUCAUUCUGUCCAUAUCUAUCUAUCUAUCUAUCUAUCUAUCUCAUUCUGUCCAUAUCUAUCUAUCUAUCUAUCUAUCUCAUUCUGUCCAUAUCUAUCUAUCUAUCUAUCUAUCUCAUUCUGUCCAUAUCUAUCUAUCUAUCUAUCUCAUUCUGUCCAUAUCUAUCUAUCUAUCUAUCUAUCUAUCUAUCUCAUUCUGUCCAUAUCUAUCUAUCUAUCUAUCUAUCUAUCUCAUUCUGUCCAUAUCUAUCUAUCUAUCUAUCUCAUUCUGUCCAUAUCUAUCUAUCUAUCUAUCUAUCUAUCUCAUUCUGUCCAUAUCUAUCUAUCUAUCUAUCUAUCUAUCUAUCUCAUUCUGUCCAUAUCUAUCUAUCUAUCUAUCUAUCUAUCUAUCUCAUUCUGUCCAUAUCUAUCUAUCUAUCUAUCUAUCUAUCUAUCUCAUUCUGUCCAUAUCUAUCUAUCUAUCAUCUAUCUAUCUCAUUCUGUCCAUAUCUAUCUAUCUAUCUAUCUAUCUAUCUGUCCAUAUUCAUCCAUAUCUAUCUAUCUAUCUAUCUCAUUCUGUCCAUAUCUAUCUAUCUAUCUAUCUAUCUAUCUAUCUAUCCUUUCAUACUGUCUCACUUAAUUUUCGUUCAUAUCUAUCAUGAUUCAUAUCUAUCUUAG